CGACUCGGCGAUCGCUGAUGCCGCUCAGUUCACAACUGGACGAUCUACGGGUAGCAACCAUUUUUUUUCUGAACAAUCGUUGAACGAAUCGUGCUUUUUUGGUUUUGGGGGAAGCGUGAGUUGAUUGAAAAACAAAUAACACUCCAAGAAUUUUGGGAUUAAUUUUCUCGUGAAAAUUAAAGUGACUCUCCUCGGUGUGUGAGUGUUUGUUUUGAUUGUGAAGGACUACGGCAAUUUUUACAUCACGUGGAAAGUGUUUGCUCAAUUAAAUAUUUUUCCCGCCCUGUUCGUCAAUGGACUUGAUGAAUGAACCGUUCUGAGUGAGGCACAUCAAAGAGUGGAUAGGAAAAAAAGUGUGAAGAAGAAAAUUGUCUGAGUGAUUCUCGAGAUAGUAGCUCUGGCAGUUGUUGUUGGGCUAAGUGAUACCGACUUUUAUGCUUGAGCAACUGCUGAAGACGAACAACCCAAGCCAUCGACCACCCCCGUUUUUCUUGGAGGAGCCGCAAAAAAUCUGCCAUAAACCAGAGUGAUAAUUGAAGCUGAGCCCAGAGAACGAGUCACUUGAACGAACGAAUCAUCAUCAUCAUCGUCAUUGGUAUCUUCAUCUCGAAGUGGGUGAAGAGCUUUCCAAAACACAUUCCCCGUCGGUGUCGUAUUGUGUUUUUGUUUCUCAACUUUUUUGGGUUCUACCGGAGUGGGGUGGAAGUUUGUUAGAAUCUCGAAUCGUAUAUCGGUAUCAUAAUAAUCAUAAGUAAUCUUGAGCUGGUACCUAUCAGAACAGAUCAGACACAGGUCAGGGUAGGGCUGAGUGGAAGUGUGAAUCGCAUUUCGGAGUGUACUUGAGAAGUGAGAAAUAUAAGAAUAUAUCUAGAUACUAGAUAUCGCAGUGACAAGAUCUGAUUAUUAGCCGGUCACGAUAUGUUAAUUGCCGAGAGCUGUGAAUGUUGAGCCAAGUGUGACUUACUGUCGGUCGGUGUCAAUUUAGUAGAACAGUGUCGUCUUUUGGAGUGUGACUGCGCGAUUGUGCUGAAGCGUAAUUAAUAGAACCAAAAUGGCGGCCCGAGGCCAGAGGAAUUGCUUGGCUGUGGUGAUGAUUUUCCUGUGCGUCCGGGAACUUUCCACCCAAGAGGCGACGUCGACGGAACAAGCUCCGGUCCUGGGGCCACCGACGCCAUCGAGUCCCACAACUCAAUCGGACCGCCAAUUCCGAGUUGUCUACGAGUGGAACAUGAUGGACUUUGCCUACGCCAGUGAAGAUGAACGAGCUCAGGCCCUGUACCGGGGUGAAUAUGUGCCCCGGAAUGUCAUAAUUUCCGACUGCAAACCGUACGCCAACCGGCUGUACGUUACGAUUCCCCGGAUGUUGGCCGGAGUUCCGGCGACCCUCGGUUACUUUGUGCGCCCGGACAACAACGGCCGAACGGAUCCGGAAAUCGAACCGUUCCCCUCGUGGCAGAUGAACAAACGGGGCAACUGUUCGGCGCUGCAGUUCGUUCAGGGCAUCGCCAUCGACAAGUUUGGCAUCAUGUGGGUGGUGGAUUCCGGCCGAACGGAAACGCUGCACAGAGGAACCAACCACGUAACAUGCCCACCUAAACUGCUGCUGCUGGACUUGAAGCGUAACGGAACCGUCGUGUGGCGCUACGAAUUCCCCGAAGAUGUCGUCCCGGCUGGUAUGAACUAUCUGAACAAAAUUGUCGUAGAUGACGCUUUCGGAGGAUUCGCUUACAUCACCGAUAACAGUGGAGGUGACCCUGGUAUUGUCGUUUACUCCCGUCGGCUGAACCGAUCCUGGAAGGUCCGGGAAAACAACUCAAUGAGAGCCGCUCAGAACGCUGUUCGAUUUGGAAUCAAUGGAACUGAGCUGAACUUCUCGAUUCACAUUGACGGGAUCGCCUUGGGACCUUUCUACAAUCCUCACAUUCAGAACGACAUCGAUCCUCAUGUUGAUCCGCUGCUGGCUAACCAAAACUACGAACGAAAUGUUUACUACAGUCCUCUAUCCAGCUACCAUCUGUACUCACUUCCGGCUUCGCUGCUCCGUGAUCCGGAGUUUGUUGCGAAGGCAAGUCCUCGAGACAUCCUGGAGUCUGUCACUGACUAUGGUCGAAAAAUGUCCCAAACUGAUGGAAUGAUCAUGGACAAUCAAGGUGAGCUGUACUACGGCCUUUUGGGGGAACACGCGAUCGCGCGGUGGGACUCUUACCUACCUUUUACUCCUAAAAACCAAAUCGUGGUGGCAAAGGACAAGACCCACAUCCAAUGGGUUGAUGGAAUGGGUUUCGACCAUGAAGGAUACCUUUACGUAGUUGUCAACCGAUUGCACAACUUCGUAGCCGGAAAACUGAAUUCUAAUGAGGUCAACUUUCGGAUUCUACGCGCCAAAACGGGAGCUUUGAGCUACGUUGAUACCCCAGACAACGUGUUCAACAACGACCUGAAGUAUCGAUACGACGGCGAAGUCGAUAACAGUUUACUUAAUUAUGGAAUCUCGUCGACGACUCCUAUUUCUAGCAGAUUGGAAACGGCAGGAGUCUUCAGCAGCAAACGAAGUGGGGCAGCCCAAAUGAGUGUGAGCGUUUUGUCGAUGGCUGUUUUGGCUUUGGUCGCUAAACUUUUGGCAUGCUAGAAGGUUCCCAUCCAAAAUAGAGGUAUCAGACCUUCAUUCCUGAUUUCAGUUACCGUGCAGUAUCUUAACUAAAAGUGUAAGACACUAUCGUCCCAUUAAAAAGAAAAUUCCCAUGAAGUGUGUAAAUAGGACUCUAACGAUGAUGUAUACAUGUGUAAAUAGAUUUUAGGAGUUUGCGAAUCGGUACCAUUCGAAAACUUGCAUUGUUUCUUAUGUUUAGUAAGUUUUACUUUUCUUCAGUUCAAAACUGGUCAUACGGUGGCAUUAGAUUCGUCAGUAAUUUUUUUUUCGAGUUAAGUUUAUCAUUCAGACUUAAAACAUGAAAAAAAUAAUAAAUAAAUCAGCUUAAAAGUG